UAUGAAAUGAUGUGCAACAGCCCAAUUGGCAAAUUUCCUACUGUUGACACUUGAGUGAGGAAUGCCACUCGUUGAUUACAAGUAGACGAUAUGACUAUGUCCUUUGCAAUGCGCCCCUUACUCGGCUUGCUAAUAGCCACAGCAAUCUGCAGCGUGGCAACAGCAAAGCCGAAGGGUGCUAGCCUUUUGCUGAAAGCAAAGUUCAAUGCGACAUCAUAUCUUUUGGAAGCUGUAGAGUUCUUGGCCGAGGAGGACAGCCAGCGGGUGUGGCCCUUCCUAGACCGCGUAUCGGACCCCACUUCUGUGGUGGCUGCGAGGUCUAACUCCAGCGAGGAAGUAUGUUGGAGCGAACUGACGGGGGCGGCGGCCUCACUGGUGACGCCUGGAGUUGCACAGUUGAUACCGUUGACGCUCGCCUCCCGGCAGUACGCCGCCAAGCUGCAGAUGGUACGGCACCUGGCCGAGCAGUUCCACCCGCAGGAGACCGCCUGCUGCUUCGUCUCAGUGGACGGCCGGGUGGCCACCACCCCCCUGCUGCUGGCCGACAUACUCGCCCAGCAGCCGCAACAACAACAACAACAACAACAACAGCAGCAGCAGCAGGGCGCCUCCCCAGCAGGCGCCUCCUCCCCUGGAGCCGGGGGAGGGGCGCACUACUCCUCCUACUCCUCCGCGGAGCAGCUCUUCCCCUUUGACCAUGUCUACGGCGGCAGCGGCAGUGGCAGCAGCAAGGUGCUGCGAGCUCCCCCGCGUGUGGCUGUGCUGUACGGCUCCCCCGGGCUGUCCUGCUUCGCCACCUUCCACAAGCUGCUGAAGCGGGCGGCGGAGGAGGCGGCGGCGGCGGUGGCAGCAGAGGAUGCGGAGGCAGAGGCGGCGGCAGCAGCAGGGGGGGCUCGUGUUGUCCGCAGCGGGCGGGCCCGGGGGCUGGUGUACGUGUUCCGGCCACUGCUGCAGCCGCAGUGCGAGGCCUACUCUGGCUGCGCUCGUGUGGGCACCGGCGGCCCGCUGUUGCUGCCCGGGUGGGGGGUGGAGGCGGCGCUGAAGAACACCGAGUACUCGGCGGUGGACGACAAGGCGGG